AUUAACUUCGUAUCAGUACAUGAAUAAGCGGUUGUGCAUGUUAGUUACAAUUAAUUCGGUUAUUGCAAUCGUGUUCGGUUGUGCGUCUGUUUCCCUGCGUCGGCUUCUCGUGUAAUCAUCCGUUGUCGCAGUGCCCGAGUUUGCUGGCACCAUGGCUUACAAACUCAGCUCCGUUCUCUACGGACACGUAUUGGACGUCCGCUCACUGGCCACCACCAGCGACGGUUAUAUCGUGUCCGCGUCAAGAGACAAGACCGCUAAACUCUGGAGACCCAACAGUGAAAACGCUGGAUAUACAGAAGCUCAAACCUUUAAAGGUCAUACCAAUUAUGUAGUGUCCAUCGGAGUACUACCAAAAUCUAAUGUCUUACCAAAUGGUCUUAUUGUUACUGGCGGUAAUGAUAAACUUAUGUGUGGAUAUGUACCUGAAUCACCAGAACCAGUUUUUGUUGAAACUCGACAUACCAAUACAGUAUGCAAGAUCAGUCCUGGUAUAAUGGAAAAUACCCUCUUAUCUUCUUCAUGGGAUUCAACAGCUAAGUUGUGGAAAAUAACAGUAGACCCAGAUCGUACAUAUCAACCAGUAUUAUUAACAAUUUUUAAAGGACAUACAGCGGCAGUUUGGUCUGCUAUUCAACUUGCUUCGAAACAAAUUGUAACUGGUUCAGCAGACAAAACUAUUCUUAUACAUGAUAUUUUACCGGGUAACCCUGAAAAUUCUUCUGUUAUUGUAAAAAAAUUAACAGGUCAUACUGAUUGUGUAAGAGAUUUAUCAGUGUUAAUGUAUAAUGAAUUUCUAUCAUGUUCAAAUGAUGCUACUGUUAAACGGUGGAAUGCAGAAACUGGUGAAUGCUUAGACACAAUAUAUGGUCAUCCUAGUUAUAUUUAUAGUUUAAGUGUUUAUUGUGGCUCUGAUAUAUCAAAUUCAUUGGUGGUAACUGGUGGAGAAGAUAGGUACCUACAUAUUUGGCAAAGUGUAGAUCAACAAGUUAUAUUACAACCAGCGCAAAGUAUAUGGGCUGUUUCUAUUCUUCCCAAUAAAGAUAUUAUUGUUGGCUCUAGUGAUGGUUUAAUAAGAAUAUUCAGCGCUGACACUACUCGCCAAGCAACAACUGAAGCUCAGACAGCAUUCCAAGAACAAGUUGACAAUGUUAACCAGUUAGCAGAAAAAGAAGUUGGUGGUAUUAAAAUUGACAGUUUGCCAGGACCAGAAAUACUUUAUACUCCUGGUAAAAGUGAUGGCCAAAUAAUAAUGGUUAAUGAAAAUGGCAAGCCUAUUUGUUAUAAAUGGUUAUCAAAUGAAUCUAAAUGGGAUAAAAUUGGAGAUGUCUUAAGUGCAUCUAAUCCAGAUAAAAAUAUGCACGAGGGAAAGGAGUAUGAUUAUGUAUGGACUGUUGACAUAGAAGAUGGGGCUCCUUUAAAAUUACCUUUUAACAGAGAUCAAGAUCCUUGGGUAGUUGCCCAAGCGUUUAUACAUAAACAUAAUUUACCACAAUCUUAUUUGGAAACUGUUGCAAACUUUAUAAUUUCAAACUCUAAAAUUACUACCCCAUCCUUACCAACUAAUCAAGGUUAUAUAGAUCCAUACACGGGAUCUAAUAGGUAUGUACCACCAAGUAACAACACUUCAUCGUCUGGAACAAAUAGUCAAAAUAAUUUCACCGAACAGCAAAUGCAAUCAUCCCAGGGAUACAACACAUUUUUCCCUCAAACUAAUUAUUUGAAAUUUGAUCAAGCCAAUACUUCAUCUAUUUUAAGUAAAGUUCAAGAAUUUAAUAAAAAAAUAGAAUCUGUAAAUCAACUAAACCAAAGUCAACUUGAUUCUCUUCUAAAACUUUGUGAUGAAAAAACUACUCCUGAUGACCAAUCGGUGAAAAUUCUAAUUACUUUACUUGAUUGGCCCAAAGAUAUUUUGUUUCCUAUUCUGGAUAUCACAAGACUAGCAGUGCGCAAUAAACACACAAAUGAAUUACUAUGUACAAACAAUUUAAUUAUGAAUAAGUUAUUACCUCAUAUUUAUGAUAAUGGAAAUCCUACCAAUCAGAUGUUAGCAUUUAGGUGUCUAUGUAACCUUAUGCACCAUGAGAAAGGAGAACUGAUUGUAGUAAAAAACUACGAAGAAUUGUUAAAGUUAAUCCAAAACUUACCAAAUGAUUUACUUUCACACAAACAUCUUCAAAUUGCUGUAACUACAAUGAUUUUAAAUUUGAGUGUUAUGAUAAAACAAUCAGAAGAUGCCAUGGCUAUACAAAACGUAAAUGAUACUGCCAACAUGUUAUGUAUAAGACUGACUGAACCAGAAGCAAUGUUUCGCUGUUUUGUUGCAAUAGGAACUUUAUUAAGCUCAAAAUAUUCACCAACUUUGUCCAAACAAAUAAAAGAUUACAUUGCGUUAAUGGCAUCAAAUUCUGAACCAUCUAAAAUUUUAUCAUGCUGUAAACAUCUAAUGGCAAUUAUUGGAAAAUAAUUAAAAAUUAUAUUUAUUAUUAAUA